UCCGUGGGUUCAGUCAUGCAUGUCCACGCAUUGUGACAGCGCAGACAUGGCUGGUAGCGGCAGGCAAGUCCACCCGGGCCGCCCGGCUGCCCCCUAGAACUCGCAGCAGACGUGUGCAAAGGUUGUUUUGUUUUUGUCUUCUUAUAGCCCAGGUUGUCGGGGUCAGGGGUCAUUACCCAGAGGAGUUGGUGUGUCGACUAAUUUGUCCAGGAGCUCUUUUUACUCAGUGUUUUUUUUGUUUUUUUUUAAAUUUGGGACUUUUUUUCCUCAGAGGAUGUGAGCAAGGAUGGCGGUCUGCUCAGCUUCCCCACGUUAAAGUGUGUCACUUCGCAGUGUAAAAGGUGCGGAAAACCCCGUGAACCCCGGUCGAUGGAUUUAUUACCUUUAAAACAACUUCUGAACGCGACUUUCUCCGCAGGCUGGGAAUCUUGAAGCAUGGGUGACUGGAGCUUUCUGGGGCGUCUGCUGGAGAACGCUCAGGAGCACUCCACCGUCAUCGGCAAGGUGUGGCUGACGGUCCUCUUCAUCUUCAGGAUCCUGGUGCUGGGCGCCGCCGCCGAGGAGGUGUGGGGCGACGAGCAGUCCGACUUCACGUGCAACACGCAGCAGCCCGGCUGCGAGAACGUGUGCUACGACGAGGCCUUCCCCAUCUCGCACAUCCGCUUCUGGGUGCUGCAGAUCAUCUUCGUGUCCACGCCCACGCUCAUCUACCUGGGCCACGUGCUGCACAUCGUGCGCAUGGAGGAGAAGCGCAAGGAGAAGGAGGAGAACAUGCGCAAAGCCCACCGCUUCCAGGAGGAGAAGGAACUGCUUUUUAGAAACGGCGAGGAUGAUGGUGGUGGCGGUGGCGGUGGCGGCGGAAGCGGCGGCGGGACUAAAAGGGAGAAGCCUCCCAUCAGGGACGAGCACGGCAAAAUCCGCAUCCGAGGCGCCUUGCUGCGUACGUACGUGUUCAACAUCAUCUUCAAAACCCUCUUUGAGGUGGGCUUCAUUCUGGGCCAGUACUUCCUGUACGGGUUCCAGCUGAGGCCGCUCUACAAGUGCGCCCGCUGGCCCUGCCCCAACACGGUGGACUGCUUCAUCUCACGGCCCACCGAGAAGACCAUUUUUAUCAUUUUCAUGCUUGUGGUGGCAUGCGUGUCGCUUUUCCUCAACUUGUUGGAGAUCUACCACCUGGGCUGGAAGAAGCUCAAGCAAGGCAUGACCAACGGCUUCGCACCCGAGCAAGAGGCGGCGCGCCGAGCCGAUGUCGAGGCAGAGUGUUCGGCCUCCAAAACCGGGAGCUACCCUUCCAGGUACACAGACGUGGCGGCCGGCAGCGGGGCCUUCCUGCCUCGGACGGCGCCCUCGGGGGCGGAGUUUAAGAUGGACAACCUCCAGCAGGAGGAGGCCCUCCGCCAGCACGGCCCCGCCUCCCACUACUACAUCAGCAACAACAACAACCACAGGCUGGCCGCGCAGCAGAACUGGGCCAACCUGGCCACCGAGCAGCAGACUCGGGAGAUGAAGGCCACUUCCCCCACGCCCUCCUCCUCCUCUUCCUCCUCGUCUGCUGGCACCCAGCAGCCUGCUGAUGCUGCCCCGCCUCUUCCUGCCAGCAUCACCACACCCACCAGCAGCAGCACCAGCCAGGGCUCAGGCAGCUGGGCAGAGGGGAAGAGCGAGCCGGAUGACAACCACUUCGCCACCACGGUGGAGAUGCACAAGCCCCCGGUAACGGCCGCCACUGACCCUCGGCGGCUAAGUCGGGCCAGCAAGAGCAGCAGCGUCCGGGCCCGACCCGACGACCUGGCGGUAUGAGCGGAAUAAAAGAAGCGGAGGAGGCGGCAGCAGUGGACGAAUCUGUGCCUUGUAGGGCACGCCGUGGUGGGCGGAGCCUAGGACAUGACCUGGAGUCACCGCGAGGAAGAUGCACGUCGUCUUCUUUUAACUGCGCCGGAUGGACUAAUCAGCGGCACCUUUUAAACCGGUAGCCAGCAGCGCCUGCUUCAGCGCCCUCCGAAAAACCCCGGGGCAAAAUCCAGAAUGUACCUGGCCACGCCCCCAAACGUGACGCAAGUGAUGUACUUCCGUACUUACACGCCGUCUUUUGAGUGCUUAAGUGCGUUUAAUAUGGCAAAACACAGUGCACUCAAAAUACUGAGCGUGCAGCGAUGCACGCCAAGUAGUCACCAUCUUGGCUACGUGUCGGAAGGGGAGGGGUUAACUCACAAAAAGAGACAGCGUCCCCUUCGUCUCAUUUGAAGCAGGAGGUACACGCAAGUCAGAAAACGAUAUUUUAUGGGGCGAGCCAAAUGAACUCAUUCAAUCCCAGCCAUUUUUCAAAAGUCAACCCUUCACUAGCGGCCAUUUUAGACUAUUCCGACUGAUCUUUCAAGGCUCACAGAACAUUGUGUUCUAUGGUUAUAUACACAUGGAACCCACCAAAAGAAACAUUAGACUCCCGUCUUUCAUCGGAAAAGAAAAAGUUUGUUUCUACCUUUUUCCGGUCUUUAGUAAUCAGCAGUAGAACAUAGGUGAGUUUCAGGAAAAUAUCAGUUCCCAACUACAAAAGGGAGACAACCAGCUUUUUGUGAAACGAUACAUUUCAAGUUGAACUUUCACUCUGACACUUUUGUGGCAGCUCAAAUAUCUAAACAACUACACCAACAUAAACACAAUAAAGGGGUAAAACAACAAUUUAGUUUAAAAAAAUAACGGCAUGAACUAUUUACAGUCUUCACAUUUGGAACUGAACAAUGCGUGUGCACGCGUUAACAUUUCCCUACAAUGCGUAACCUUCUGCACGCUACACUCCUCCACGCUCUCUCCCUUCCUCCUUCCUGUCGUGUGUGAUUCUUCCAUCCACAUGAUCCCCGCCGAGCUCUUACCAAAUGCACUGCUGCCACCUUGUGGCCGUUUUAAUGGCUUAAAAGUGCUCUGAAGUGAAAUGCAUUAGUGGUGAGUUGCGUCGUCACCUCUUUUUGCCUCUCACGCAAAAAAACAUAAAAGCCGUAUAACUACGUUGUUGGGAUGGGGCGUUCAGGACUAUUAAAACGUAUAAAAACGUCUUUGGUAUUGAAUGAGUUAGAAAGGAAGCCGGCAAAUAUUGCAAGCCUCAUUUCCGGUGACGACAGCACACUCAGGAACUAAGUACACAGUGUACUUGUUCAAGUGUACUGAGGGAAGUAUUUCAUUUGAGACACAGCAAAAUGAAUUUCUUGCCAUCCCAGAGUGGCCCCCCGUCUCGAGCACUGGGGCCACAUUGAGAAAAAAACAAAACAGAUUUUGAGUGAAAAAAAGUUGUAUAUUGACGAGAAUAAAGUUGUGAAUUUACAAGAAAAAAGUCGUAAGAUUACGUGUCAUGGGUUUUUAGUCCGGCGACUAACUUUCCUCUUGCUUCAGGCAAGCGUUUAUUUAGAACGUGGCAGCAAAACACAGCAGUUGAGCACCAACAGAUUAGCAUGUCCAGCUAGCCCUUCUCACUUCCGCCUUCCGACUUUAUUCUCAUAAAUGUACUAAUAUAUUUUCUCAAAAAAGUACGGAUUCAUUAUCACGAGUUUUUUCUCGUAAAUUUAUUACUUUAUUCAUCCUAAUAUUACGAUUUUUUUCUCGGGAAUUUAUUACUUUAUUCUCGUAAAUUUACGACUUUAUUGUUGUAAUAUUACAAGGUUUUUAACUCCUAAAUUUCGGACGUUAUUAUUGUAAAUUUACGACUUUAUUUUCGUAAUAUUAGGAGUUUUUUCUCAUGAAUUUACAACUUUUUUCUUGUGAGUUUAUGACUUUAUUCUCGUAAAUUUACGGCUUUAUUCUCAUAAUAUUGCAAGUUUUUUCUUGUAAAUUUCCAACUUUAUACUCGUAAAUUAAUGACUUUAUUAUCAUAAAUUUACGACUUCAUUCUCAUUAAUUUACAGCUUUAUUUAUUUUUCUGGUAACAUUACGAGUUUUUUCUUCUAAAUGAAUGACUUUAUUCUCGUAAAUUUACGACUUUAUUCUUGUAAUAUGACAAGUUUUUUCUCUUUAAAUUUACGACUUUAUUCUCGUAAAUUUACGACUUUAUUUAUUUUUCUGGUAACAUUACGAGUUUUUUCUUGUAAAUGUAUGACUUUAUUCUAGUAAAUUAUUGCUUUAUUCUUGUAAAUUUACGACUUUAUUCUCGUAAUAUUGCGAGUUUUUCCUGUAAAUUCACGACUUUAGUCUCGUAAAUUACGACUUUACAAGUUUUUUUCUUGGAAAUGUAUUACCUUAUUCUCGUAAAUUGACGACUUUAUUCUCAUAAUAUUACAAGUUUUUGCUUGUAAAUUUACUAAUUAAUUCUCGUAAAUUACAUUUUUUUCUCGUAAAUUUGUUGCUUUAUUCUCGUAAAUUUACGAUUUUUUUCUUGUAAAUUUAUUGUUUUAUUCUCUUAGAUUUACGACUUUAUUCUCACAAUAUUACGAGUUUUUGUCAUAAAUUUAUGACUUUAUUCUCGUAAAUGUACGACUUUAUUCUCGUAAUAUUACGAGUUUUCUCGUAAAUGGAUUACUUUAGUCUAGUAAAUCUACAACUUUAUUCCCGUAAUAUUACGAGUUUUUGUCGUAAAUUUACGGCUUUAUUCUCGAAAUCUUAGAUUUGUUUCCCCUCAAUGUGGCCCUAAGACUCCGUCGUCCCAGAUAAAGGAGCUCACCUUUCAGUGCUAUUUUUGUAAAAUAAAAAAUUCUUUUCAAAACUGCAUUGUGUUUCACUCCGACAUGAAAUACUUAUGGAGGAAAACAACUAACAAUGUGGGGUGGGACGUCUUUCUAUUUCCUAAGUUUGACAAGUCAAACCCUGUGAGCCCCGCUCAUGUCUGUGUUGCGCUGCGGCGCUGUUGGCUUCACUGACCACCUCCCAAAGUGUAAAAAAUACACCAAUUGUCCAUCAAGCACUGCCACCUUCGGGGGCUUUUAGAAAAACACUGUACUGUUGUUGUAGUCUUUCUCCCAACGUUUUUACACCAAAUGCAGCUCUCACACAAAGAUAGUAAAGUACUGUAUGCUUAGAGACUAACUAUUACACCAUAUAACCACUGCUGCAGACAGUUUUUCCCUCCGGUUUGCAUUUUGGUAGUUGAUUUGCACACGUAGGAGGAAAAUGCUAACACUGCUAUCGAUGAUCCUCAAAGGAAUGAAAAAAAAAUCAUCAUAAAAAAUGUCUUAAAAGUCCCAUCGGCUACUCACACUUUAAAUAGAAAACACUUUUAUUUAUCUGAAGUUCUUGAAGAGAAGAAUGUCGGCGUGUGUGUUCACAACUGGACGUCAGAAUCAAAAGCCCCCCUCCCUCCUGGCAACCUUUGACCCCGCGGCGCCUCCACACCCUCCUGUUCCGUUACAUGCUGAGCAUGAUCUCGCCGGCUGAGUCGCCACGCUGUCUUAAAGUGGGCAAGUGCCUGUGUGUGUGUGUGUGUGUGUGUGUGUGUGUGUGUGUGUGUGUGUGUGUGUGUGUGUGUGAAUGAUCCUUUUGUAACAACAAGUUGAUGUAAAUGUUCAUUUACCUCAAAUGUUUACAAAACUGUUCCUAAAUAAAACAUUU